CACCCUUUCCAUCAUCAAACCCCCACACUUUAACAUAAACCAGAGUCAGCCCCGAGUUUCAUCUUGUUUGGAUUUGCUUAGGGGUAAGCGAAGAUUGGUUAAUUGAUAGUAUCGAUGGCCGACUCCAUAGCGAGCAUGGUGGUUCAGUGUGCAUUGCAAGGGAGCUUAUCGAUCCACGACACGGUGGUCGAGAGGAGGCCGUACCACCGUAACUGCGAGUGUGCACUUCAUAAGCUGAAAGAUAGUAAAUUUUCUGGCGUAUGGUGCUCGGAGAGGAACCUAUCGUUUCCGAAGAAGGCGAGAGGAUCUUUGACCAUGUCGGCCUCGUCUGCUGAUCGAGUUAAUUCAUGUAUGGUUUUCGUUGGUACUUCUCGUCGGUGAAUCUUGAACAAGAUGAAAUUAAAGAGACAACCGAAUUUUCCAGAGAUGAUAUAUACAUAGAAAUUUAGUAGUGAGAGAGGGACAAAGGGGAGAUCAAAGGUCGGAAGGUUUACCAUUUUUUAUGGAGAAGAUUUACCAUUUUGUGUUUUUUUUUUUUGUUUAAUGAAUGCAUUUUUAUCAAUUUCAUUAACCUCUACAUGUACUGUAAUACUCUCAUGUAUUGUUUCGUUGUAGGUUGAUCCUCAUAUAUUAUUAACCUCUAUACAUAUAUUUCUCUGUUAAAAUUUCAACCUUUUGUAUUACCCCAAGAAGAUGAGAAUGGAUCAUGUCAAUAAUCUUGUGAUAAAUAACCAUAAUUUUGUGGUAAAUAACCAUGCAUAAUUCAUUGGGGAUAUCGACAUGAUAUCAAAUAUGUUAUGAUUGAAAGAUCUUGUGAUUGAAUCCCUAUAAUAUUUAUAUUAAUGAUUGAUUUAAGUGAAAUUUAAGGCGGGUCUAUACAAAAUUUCAACCUCAAAAAUUGAAUUUCGCAUGAAGUCUUGUUAUUCAUGCUUGAAGCUUUCGCAAUUGCAACUCAAGUACCCAAAAGCAACUCCAUGCUCAAAAGAGUUCGUGAGAAGGAGAAAUCAAAAUCGGUUUGAAAGUUCUGUUUCUAAAAGUUUGUAUUCACCGCUUACAUCAAUACAUGCAUUAGGAAGUUUCAAACUCUGAGAAACAAUGCAUAUAUUGUUUUGUAUAGGUCUCAUCUUAAAUUAUCAUCAAUACAUGCGUUAGGAAGUUUCAAACUCUGAGAAACAAUGCAUAUAUUGUUUUGUAUAGGUCUCAUCUUAAAUUAUCAAUAAAAAAUAAGUAUUUUACCGUCUCAGCUAGAAGUUAAGAUUGUUGUGAUUUUUAUUUUUAUAUUCGAGUCUCUUUCUUUUCAUUUAUAUCUUUAAUAAAAUUAUAUCCGAAUUUCCUUCUUUCCAUUCAUAUCCCUCGUACAGUUGUACUUUUCGUUUUAUAUUAAAAGCGGUGGGUAAAUGUGGAAUUCGUUCUAGAAUCCUUUUUGCCGGUGAAGACUAUGAAAUUGCACAUUCCACUUGUACUUGUCACAGCCGAAUGCAUUACCUCAAGAAAAAAAAACAAAAGUG